AUGUAUAAAAGUGAUCGAAUGUAUAAAAGUGAUCGAAUGUAUGAAAGUGAUCGAAUGUAUGAAAGUGAUCGAAUGUAUGAAAGUGAUCGAAUGUAUGAAAGUGAUCAAAUGUAUGAAAGUGAUCGAAUGUAUGAAAGUGAUCAAAUGUAUAAAAGUGAUCGAAUGUAUAAAAGUGAUCGAAUGUAUAAAAGUGAACGAAUGUAUAAAAGUGAUCGAAUGUAUAAAAGUGAACGAAUGUAUGAAAGUGAUCAAAUGUAUAAAAGUGAUCGAAUGUAUAAAAGUGAUCGAAUGUAUAAAAGUGAUCGAAUGUAUAAAAGUGAACGAAUGUAUAAAAGUGAUCAAAUGUAUGAAAGUGAUCGAAUGUAUGAAAGUGAUCAAAUGUAUAAAAGUGAUCGAAUGUAUAAAAGUGAUCGAAUGUAUAAAAGUGAACGAAUGUAUAAAAGUGAACGAAUGUAUAAAAGUGAUCGAAUGUAUAAAAGUGAUCGAAUGUAUAAAAGUGAUCGAAUGUAUGAAAGUGAUCAAAUGUAUGAAAGUGAUCGAAUGUAUGAAAGUGAUCAAAUGUAUGAAAGUAAUCGAAUGUAUGAAAAUAAUCGAAUGUAUGAAAGUGAUCAAAUGUAUGAAAGUGAUCGAAUGUAUGAAAGUAAUCGAAUGUAUGAAAGUGAUCGAAUGUAUGAAAAUAAUGGAAUGUAUGAAAGUGAUCGAAUGUAUGAAAGUGAUCGAAUGUAUGAAAGUGAUCGAAUGUAUGAAAGUGAUCGAAUGUAUGAAAGUGAUCAAAUGUAUGAAAGUGAUCGAAUGUAUGAAAGGGAUCGAAUGUAUGAAAGUGAUCGAAUGUAUGAAAGUGAUCAAAUGUAUGAAAGUAAUCGAAUGUAUGAAAGUGAUCGAAUGUAUGAAAGUAAUCGAAUGUAUGAAAGUGAUCGAAUGUAUGAAAGUGAUCAAAUGUAUGAAAGUAAUCGAAUGUAUGAAAGUAAUCGAAUGUAUGAAAGUGAUCGAAUGUAUGAAAGUAAUCGAAUGUAUGAAAGUGAUCGAAUGUAUGAAAGUAAUCGAAUGUAUGAAAGUAAUCGAAUGUAUGAAAGUAAUCGAAUGUAUGAAAGUGAUCGAAUGUAUGAAAGUAAUCGAAUGUAUGAAAGUAAUCUAAUGAAAGCCGAAAAUUGGAUGCAUGUAUGA